GAGCGUUUUCUUUCUUGUUGCGCACCUACGAUACCCCUCCAUAUACUAUUUCUCUUUUGAUUCCGUGGUUUGAAAGCUACCGGUAGCUUUUCAUUCCUCUGCACUCGCCAUGGCGCCCAAUCUCUUCCUUUGCCUGCGCACCGUCUUCUGUCCCACGUACUGGUUCCAGCGUGGACAGCGCAUUCAGGGCUCGAUCAGCCGCGAAGAGCACUGGGACUCCCCAGUGCCUGGCAUUUACAAAUACAUCCCCAGUCAGGGAUGGCAUCUCGUCUGCCGCGACGGUAGCGACUACGACGAGAAAGUUCCGGUCCCUGUGGUCUACUGCCGCAUCCUGCACCGGUACCUAUUUGAGGACGAAGUCAACGAGCGAUGCCGCUGGCAUACCGUCACCCUGGACGGAGGCAAGACCGAGAAACUCCUGUUUUUCCAGCUUGACGACGGAUACACCUAUGUUGCUGGAUGGGACUCGAAGGGAAAGUUUAUCCCGGGGCCCUACCAGCGCUGGUAUCUUGACCCGGAGACCAAGACCAUGCAAAAGGUCUUCUUCCCUCCGAGCUCGAACGUUUCUCGAGUCAGCAUUACUCCAGACAAGCUCAAUUGA